AUGUCCGCUGGCGCAUCUAGGCUUGUAAAUGGAAGAGAUGAGCAGGGUUUCCAGCUGCCGAAAAGUGAUUUUAGCCUUUCUAACGGUCCUGAGGGUAAGCUCUGCAGCAAUACGCCAACUGGCACCCCAGGCACCUUUUACGGUAUGCUCACAAGGAGCUCUCUCUUAGACUCUUUCAUGUGUAGUCCAUCCAGAACGACUCAAUUCGCCAGCUCAGAUUCAAGUUUGCGCCUGCGUCAGAGUCAGGUCAUGCCUGUCACCUCGUUAGAAUCUUCACAGUAUAGCCCUGAUGCUGGCGACUCAAUGCAUCUUCGCACAGUUACCCAGAGAACCAUUGCUACUUUGACAGCUGAGAAUGAGGAGCUACGAGAGCAUAUUAGCGUCCUAUCUAAUGCUCUCCAAAGUUCUACCGUUCUCCUUGACAGGAAAGAGCAACUGAUCCAGGAGCGCAAUACGUUCAUCAGGGAACUGGCCACACGUUUGCUCCUAGAUCGGCAAAGGCAGUUCUAA